UAGCCUCGCGUUUCUCGUCCAGAAAACUCAAUGUGUCUCUCCGCGUUUCAUACGUUUGCUCAUCAAGAGCUCGCUCAAAAGUAUAUAUGUAUAAUAUAAUUUCAUACAGCUCAUAAACAAUAUAUGGUGGCAAAACAAAUUCGUGUUCGGUGAAUGCAUACAAAAUUGAAUGAAAAAAAAGAACUAACAACUACUUGUAGGGAUAUAUAAUAUAAAGCGAGUGUAUCAGGACUGGAGUUAGCACUAGAGUGACGAUGAUUCAGAUACUGACACAUCGUCCCAACUGUAGUCCUUUAGUUGUGUUUGUGCUACUGUUAAUCGACCACCGACUCUUUGUGGACUCAAGUGUUCCAGUACUUCAAAAUCCUUCAGAUGAGUAUACCAAGUAUGUUCCAAUCGAGGAAUUGAAAUUGCCAGAGGAUCAGGAAUUGGUUGUCCGACUGCCGUCAAACUCACUGCUCAAAUAUACAUCGUACAAAGAUGUGUCUAUUCUACAUUUUGAUGUGCCACCCGAUUCUCGGACUGCUUUCUUCACCUUUAAAGCAUUCGAGGAUCCCAAAAGUGCCUUUCAACGAAAGUGUAAGCCUAAGGAUGUCACGCUGCAUCUGAAGGCGAGCAGUUAUCCAGUUAUUAGUCCAGAAAACAUAACAUUUCCCAAGAACUUCUUCACCACAGAUCAGAGGUUCAAGGUGUAUGACCUACAAUUUCUAUCUGAUGAGCAGCAGCAGCGUAUUACUAUAGAAGGACCUCACGUAGGCAACUGGUUUGCAGUGGCAUUUGUGAGUUGGUCAGAUCCUAAUAAUGACCGCAUUGAACAACAGGGACUCACCGCCUCAUGUGACACACUGUUGUCUGCCGAAAUGUCAGUGUCCCGCUUCCGUCCGAUAAUCAUAAAUAAUGGUCAGGAACAGCAGGAUAAUCUCACGAGCCAUGUUUCACCCAACAUUGCCAACGAAACCAAUAUAAAGGAAGGACUAAACACAACCAGACUUUUGCGUUCAGUGCCACCCAAACAGCAGAAACUUAAGCCACCAGCUGUUGUCGCAUCCGAAACCCUAGCUCAAGUUCAAAACACCACGGAAAGCCACAUCAACAGCACAGCGACCACCGCAAACAAUGAAAUCACUUACCGAUUCUAUGUGCCAGAUGAUAUAGGCGAUGCCAUUGCCCGUAUAAUUUUCGAUCAAGUGUGCGACGAGUGUCCGGCGGUGGGUUUUCAUGUCCGUGCCAAUGGAUACCCACUGGUAUCCGGUACGGAUCAGAGUCAUACUCACGGCUCCAUCAUCCGGCCAAACCAGACCACGGAAAUCUCGAUUCCGUUUGGGGUGCAGCCAAACACAUGGCAUUAUGCUUUGCUUACCUUUGUCAGCGGGGCGGAUGAAACGGAACUAACUACUGAGUCCUACAAUAGCAGUGCAAAUCACAGUUUAUCAUAUUCCCUGUUAAUUGAUUACAAUACUGAAGAGCCGGAAAAAACCAAGAGUGCUGGUAACAACACCAAUAGCUCCAUUCCCAAUCCCUGGGAGCCAGUUAAGUUUCGACAUAUGAAUUUUUACUCGCUGCUGCGGCAAACGUAUCGCGAGUUCUUUAUGUUCGACUAUGAUCUCCGGCCGGAUGUCAAUGGCACUGUGCCGGAAACCCUCAAUCUGACGGCCCAGACCCAUUCGGGAUUCGCCUUUGAUGUGGGCGAGGUGUCCGAUAUCGGGGGCACCCUAACCUUUGCCAUUUCCAUGAAGGAGGCACAUCGCGCCAGCUUGAGAAUGAUCCAGCCAACGCAAUCUCCCGAUUUGGGUGGCAUUCUGGCCGAGCGACUGAUCGGGGAUCCCAAGGAGGAGGUGGUGACCGCCACCCCUGCAACCAGCAAUCAGAGCAUGCAGAUUGUGGUCUGCAUGCAGCUGGGUGAGCCGGGCCAGCCGGAAUAUCCGGACAAGUGCCGCUACGGCCAGCGGCUGAAUCAGGCCUCCAUUGUCGUGAAUCACACGGAGAACAUGGGCCUGGUCCACAUUCCCUUUCCCGAGAGCGGACGAUGGUACGUGACCAUGGGCUUGUUCUGCCACGGAUCCGGAACCGCUCGAGUGUCGAUCAUGGAGAGCGUAAAGGAGUUCAUUAGGAAGCACCAGGACAUGCUGGCCGAGAUGCGAUCCCCCUGUGAUUGUGCGGAAUCGGUUCCAAGGUAUGCCGCCUGCAUAAGAUCACCCGAAUGCCUGGGGGCGAUGAACGAAACCGAGACUCUGAAAGUGAAGGAGUGCAUCAUGGAUGACAAGUGCAGCAGCAAUGGCAAGCAGAUGACGCGGCUCUUUGUGGAGCACCACAAGGCGGCCAUGGAGCAGCAUGUGGCGCUGGAGAACUGCAACACUUCGGUGGUGUUCUCAGUAUCCUCCAGUCCCUGUGUGGCUGGCAGAUGUGGGCGCUUUGGGCGAUGCUAUCACUACAUGUCCGGUGGCUUUGUCUUCUCCACUUGCGUCUGCUCGAAGGGCUACCGGGGCUGGGAUUGCACGGAGGAUUCGCAGGUGCCCACCAACAUGUCCAUCCUGCUGGCCACGCUGCUGCUCACGCUGAGCAACCUGCUCUUCUUCCCCAGCAUCUACAUGGCCGUGAAGAGGCGCUACUACACCGAAGGCGUCAUCUACUUCUUUGCCAUGUUCUUCUCCAUCUUCUAUCAUGCCUGCGACGCUGGCGAGGAUGAGUACAGCUUCUGCCUGGUGAAGAUCGGGGUGCUGCAGUUCUGCGACUUCUACUGCGGCCUGCUGAGCAUCUGGGUUACCUUGGUGGCCAUGGCCCAUGUCCGGCCGGAGUUGGUCUCCCUUCUGCAUAUGUUCGGGGCUAUCCUGCUGGCCUUUGGCACGGAGCUGAAUAAGCAGAGCUUGUGGGUAUUCCUGGCGCCGGCACUCACGGGCAUUUGCCUGAUCUCCACCAGCUGGGGACUGAGAUGUGCCAAGUCGCGGAAGGUGUUCCCCUCGCGGAGAUACCUGUCGGUGUGGCUGCCCUUUGGACUCACCCUCGUCGUGGCCGGUCUAGUGUGCUACGCCUUCCUGCAGACCAAGCAAAACUACCACAUUGUCCACUCCAUUUGGCACAUGGUGAUGGCCGUGAGCAUCCUGUGCCUGCUGCCCUCCAGAAAGUCCUUCCUGCCGAAGUGCUAGCAUGCCAGGGAGCUCCUGCUGCUGGCCCAGGAUCAGGAGUUUCACAUGUGAGACAACUGCUGACUUUGUGGCAGGAGGAGAUCCAAAACGUCAUAGCUUUCCCGAACAAUGUUACAGGACCUUAGGCUAAAACCUAUUUUAGUUUUGUACAAAACAAUACUCAUAGAAAAGUAGUUGGAUCAAAAUGCACGGAUUAAUAGAUGGAUACAGAGUUACUUAAUGGUUACAAUGUUUGUUUACCUAUCCCUUGCCAUACAAAUCUACUCACUAAGGCCUAAGAACCUUUUAUUUCUAGUAACUAUGUCAACAGCCUUACUAAAUUUAAUGAGAAAUGCACGCCUGAAAAUGUGCAUCAUAUAAUUUAUAGUGUAUAUAUAAAUACUUGUUGUUAGAUAAAUCGCAGACUGUAAGUUUAGCUAAUAAAUAGGACCUACUCUAAUAUAUUGUCUGCACUUAUUUAAAAUAAUCAAUUUAUUGAUAUUCGAUUCGAGGCAAUUGAUAAACAAAAUAUGCAAGACUUCAGUUUGUGUUUUGCUGUGUAAAACCUUUGAACAAAAUUGAUGGAAUUUAUACUUUACCAAUAAAAAGAUAACAGACCUUAGAA